CGGGUAAUGGUCUAGGUAGCUGUACCUGAGACCCGUGCCGUGUAGAUAUUAUGUGUUGGCUUACGAGGAGAAUCCUCUUCGUUUGAGGUCAGCAAUGAAGUUCGGCAAGCGGCUGAUAUUCCAGCCGAUGAUUACAUUAUCUGUUGAAAUACUCUCCGAAGAGACUCUGUCAUCCUCACCUCUCAUCUUCAACCUCAACCACAUGGCACUCGCCCAUCUACCAGCUAGCGACACAGUUCCUAUCUUCGAAAGCAAUGGGUCCACUUUCACUGCCGUUCAAAUGCGAAGUACUCAUUCCAGAAUCUGGCCAGUCGCCAAAAGAUGUCAUCCAUCGAUGGUCCGACAGCUUCCUGGAUCUUCCAGCCAUGAUUGUAAAGCCAAAGUGUGAGGAAGACAUUGUGGAUGCCCUUGUUUUCGCCAAACAGAAAAACCUUACAGUGACGACUACAAAUGGUGGUCGGGCACCAUUCGUCGUAAUCACAACCAAAACUCUCUAUCUGGACAUGGGAAACUUCAACCAGGUGUCAGUGAAUACUUCCUCGAAUACUGUCCGCGUCGGAGGAGGUGCCUCUACCGAGGAAGUGAUUGCGAGUACUACAGCUGAAGGCUACUAUACCCUGUGGCCGAACUCGGACGCUGUGGGUUAUGUAGGAUGCUUACUAGGAGGCGGGUCUGACACAAUGAAUGGGCUACACGGUUUUAUGGUGGAUGCCGUCGAAUCGAUGCGAGUUAUUACAGGAGAGGGAAUCAAGCUUGAAGUCAGUCCGUCUUCCACAGGGCAAGAACGAAACUUAUUCAAUGCUCUUUGUGGCGCAGGCUUUGGACUAGCUAUUGUCACCUCAGUCAACAUGAAAGCUUUUUCGAUAGCAUCCUUACAUCUCACAAACGAUUGCAUUUGGACGCGCCGAGUGACUCUUCCUUCGACUGCAGUUGACGUCGCCACCCAAGUGUUCAGCAGCAUCCGCACACUACCGCCUCCUCUCCACCUUACCAUGGUCUGUGUAAGAGCCCCUCCGAGCUCACCUUCGCCAGGAAGUCCAUUGAUCAUCAUCACUGCGAACUAUUUUGGACCCAGUCACGAAGGAGAAAAAGCAACUUCGUUUCUUUAUGAGCCAGAAUUGCUGGACCGGGCUCUCAAGGCGGACACGGAGCUGGUCCCAUUCGCUCUUGCUAACGCACCUCUGAAACCUUUAAGCGCCAACCAUGGCUACAAAGGGUUUUCAAGCACAUUCCUACAAACCAUAGAUAGCCAAACUAUUCAAGUUGCCAUUGAGAAGUGGAUCGAGCUGGGAAACGAGUACAGGGAUGCUUACCCAACAACACUGAUAUUCAACAAGUGGAAUUCAGAAGCCAUUGAUCGGAAUGGCCAAGAAGAAGCUGGAAAUGCAAAGUUUUUUGAACACCGCGGAUUUAAGAUGAUGGCGUUUUCGAUGCGCUGGUGCAUGAACGAAACGACAAGGCAGGUAUUGGACAAUUUCGGCGAUGAGUUCUUGAGAAUUGUGAGACGCAAUGAGCAAGGCCCGUAUCACUGUAUGGCAAAUAACCAACGUCCCGGAAUGAACCUCGAGGAACUAUUCAGCAAGAAGAGACUCGAAGAUCUGAAGCAUGUGAAGUCCACCUGGGAUCCCGACCACGUCUUAUGGAGCCCGUACCACUGAUAUGUGGCCUGGAGAAGAUCUUGACACACCAAAUCAUUUGAUGUAAACUGGUCCAAGAGGCCAUGAACUGAGGUGACUAAGCUUUGGUCUGUCCACAGCGAUCUC